AUGAGUGAGUUGCAAAAGGCCUGGGCCAAGAGGAAACUCGACCCGAUGCACCCACUGCCGGAGCCUCUCAACGAUCUCGACGAGGAGCCAGAUCUCGACCAGGUCCCCGAACUGCCUGAGCAACCCGACGAUGGGGAUUCGUCUUCGGCCUCAUCGGCCUCGUCCGCUUCCUCGACAGGCACCGUCAUCCCGUCGCCCAGCCAGAACCUGUUCGCUCGACCUCAAGGUGUGCCGCGGGGCCGCACGCUGGAACAGAUUCCCUGGACCACCUACUUCGAGCGCGAGCUCUUUCUGAAGCCCGGAGGCGACGGUGACGGUUCCGUCACGUAUCACGCGUACCUCAAUUCCCCCGUCGACAAAGGUCCCUUGUUUGUCAUGCACCACGGCGCCGGUUCCUCGGGACUCUCCUUCGCCGCCCUGUCGUCCGAAAUCCGGAAGCGCCUUCCUUCGGCCGGCAUCCUAUCGCCCGAUGCGCGGGGCCACGGCUCCACCUCCAUCACGGACGGCACCGAGCUGGACCUCAAACUCGACAUCUUGACGGCCGAUCUUUUCAGCGUCAUCCAGUUGACUAAAGCCCAGAUGGGCUGGCGGGAGCUGCCUCCGAUCGUGCUCAUUGGCCACUCUCUCGGCGGUGCUGUCGUGACUGACCUCGCCAAGUCGGCCAAGUUGGGCAAUUCGCUGCUGGGCUAUGGGGUGCUUGAUGUGGUGGAGGGCUCGGCCAUGGAUGCGUUGCAGAGCAUGCUGACGUACCUUUCAACGCGGCCGAGUGGUUUCGCAAGCCUGCAGGCCGGUAUCGAUUGGCACAUCCGCUCGCGGACCGUCCGCAAUUCGGUCUCAGCCCGGACGUCAGUACCGGCUCUGCUGGUGUUUGAUGACCAAACGGAUCCCACGCGGCCGUGGCGAUGGAGGACAGAUCUUUCAGCCACACAACCGUUCUGGGAGGGCUGGUUUGUCGGGCUAAGCAAGAAGUUCCUCGAGGCCAGGGGAGGGAAACUGCUUCUCCUAGCGGGGACGGACAGGCUGGACACGGAGCUGACCAUUGGUCAGAUGCAAGGAAAAUACGCACUUCAAGUAUUCCCCGAGGCAGGCCAUUUCAUCCACGAAGACCUACCGGAGAAAACAGCGUUGGCGGUUGUGGACUUUUACAGACGGAACGACAGGACCGCGCUGGUGCUGCCGCCCAAAGUUGGCGAUUUGCUAAAGCAAGGGAAGAGGGUCUAG